CCAUAUCCAACCAGCUUUUUUAACGAAACAUUUUUUGUCCGAAUUUCCAUUUUCAUGACCGAUCAUGUGCACAGACAAAAAAUGUCAUUAAGCAAAUCAUUUGUAUGUAUGCUAAUGUUUUGCAUCCGAGCUGCCAGAUGAACGAACACUUGUUCAUUUGUUUUGUUUAUAUUAUGCGAAGUGCUUCGGUUGGACCAUUGCCGACAUUUAACAAUAGUUGGAUGAAAAGAGAUAGCAUCCAUUUGUAAACAAUACAAAAGCGAUAAUCCACAACUGAACUUAUUUUCACGACGCAUAUUCGACAGCACCGGCUAAGUGAUUUAACAUUAACACGCUCAUUGAGGUUAUUGAUUUGCAUCGAUCAUCACUUCUUACGAUUGAGAGCUACUAUUCGAGAUCAACUUUUUUUUUGUGUGUCAUUCAACGAAAUUCAAUUUUUCAUCAGCAAAAAUGGAAGCCGCCUGGAUCAAAAAAAUAUUUUUACAUUUGUUGGAAGGAUUAAAUGAUAUUGUCGACAUUGUCGACAUGGAUAAGGUAAUGCAAACCAUCACGAUUUUCGACCAAAUUCAACCGACAAAGGAACAAUUGGUAGCGUCAAAUGUUGAGGAGUGCAUAAAAGAGUUAUAUUAUGACACACCGAAUGCAUAUCUUAAGUAUCGAUUGGGUUUUGUGAUAAAGAAAUGGCGUACAAUUCUUGAAAACGAAACAGUGAAACCGGAUAAACCAGGACGCGCUAAAUCCAAUUCAGUAUUUGAAGCAAUCAUAAUGGACGAUGAUCGAUUUUUUGAGACGAAAAGCGUGCCAGAGCUAUUGCAUCGCUUGCUUAAAUCAUUCGAUAAAAACUACAAGGUGAUUGAUAUGGCAACGAUUUUGAAUACAAUUUCGAUGUUUGAAAACAUGGAUAUUCCGGCAUCACAAUUGGCACAAACCCAUUUGGUUACAUACAUUAGUCGAUUGCGACACAAUACCACAAACAAGUACCUGUCAAAACGGCUGCGAAUGCUUCUCCGAAAAUGGCAAAUUUCGUUUAUCCGUAUUAAAUAGAAAUGUUAUCUUUUUUUAUGGAUAAAGUUAUGUUCUGCAAGUAUAUGUUAUCGUUGAUAGAUGUAUUUUGAGAACAGAUUCAAAAAUGGUAUUCAAUGGACAAUACCAAUUUUUUUUGAUGAAUUUUAACAGUGAAUAGAGAAUAAUUUUUUCGGUAAUAGUUUAAAGAAAAUUUAGAUAAAAGAAACAUUGUUUUUGGUAAGAUUAUGUUUAAAAAAAAAAAAUAGUGCAAAAGGUUACUUAAACAUAUUCAUAGCAUAGAUAUUAUUAGUUUAAAUGAUCAAAACCAUUCUAAUUUAUUUAAAUUCUCUAUAGAGAAUUAUUUCUUGUCAUGAGCUAAAUUAAUAUUUAUUCUUUUUUCAAUUUCCUCACGGGAUAUAUGUGAUCCUAGAAAUAGAAUAUCUUUUGUAACUAGUUGUUGACAUACAUGUUAUUGUUAUUGGAAAUUGUGUCAACAAAGUAUACAUCUUCAUUGAGACAAACUUAAAGUUGAAUAAUAAUAAAUAGUUGAUUGCAUACAAUGAGUCAUGUAGAAGUAAAUGGAAGUAAAUUGAUAAGAAACGAAUGAUGAUCAAUGCUAAUUGUAAUCUGAACAAAGACAAACUAAGAAAUACCAAAUGCUAUCUAUUUAAUAAUACGAAUAGCAAAAUAUUUAUUAUAAAAAUGCCUCGAAAUGAUAAUCCGAUUUUUAUCUGAAUUUGAAGUAUUAUUACGGAACUAUUUAUAUAUACUAAAAAUAAAAUAGGCUAGGAACAUAUGAACCGGCUAGAAUAUUCGUGACCUCAAGAAAUUUGUCAAAAUAAAACUUCAACGUACCCAUACAUUUUUUAUAUGAACAUGUUGCUCUUUUAGCUCACGAAUAUUCUAACCGAUUCAUAUAUCGUUUACGCGAUAUGAUGGAAUUGAGCUUAAGCGGCUAUAAUUGUGUACAGAAUUGUUUUCUUCUCAAAAUCACUAUAAUAUGCUGCCAUUGCUUGAAUGAGUUUAAUUUCAUCAAAUGUAACACUGGGAUAAGUUUGAAUCUCCCCAAAAAAUGAUUUUUCACUAUAUUUUUCUCUAGAUCUUUUUUCCAUUUUUUUUCUUCAUAUUUUUAAUAUC